UUUAAGAAUGGAGACAGCAGUAGAUGGGAAGCAGGAUACAACACUGGGCAAAGAAAACCUUCUUUAUGAUCCAGACAUUAAUUUCUCCAGCUCAGGCCACUAUCAGUUCCAGUCUAUGGAAUCAAGGCCUAAAAAGUCGACAAGAAGAUCGGGCUGUGUUCCAGCAGUUAUAUUUUUUCUUGUACUGCUUGGACUAAAUGUUUUCCUGGCUUACAAAGUGUUCACUUUGGAGGCCUGGGUUCACUCUAAAUUUAGUGAAAAAGAAAGUGAAGAGCUGAUUUCCUCCUCUUCUGCUCAUGCAAUGGGCAGCUCUCCUCUAGAUCAGCACUGCCUCUCUAGCCUGUGUGGAGACGAAAGAGGUCUGGAGUCCCUGGUGUCACAGAUAUACCUGCUUAAUUCCAGCGCCCACCAGCUUCAGCAUCAAGUAGAAGACAUCAGCCAGAAAAGAGCACUUCCUGGAGCACCGGGACCUCCUGGACCAAUUGGGCCUCAGGGUUUGAAAGGGCUUCCUGGUACUUCUGGAAUCCCAGGACUUAAAGGAGACCCUGGCUCACCAGGUCAGCCUGGUACUUCUGGUCCAAAAGGAGACACAGGAGAGAGAGGUUUAGCAGGCCCAACAGGUCCACCUGGGAUCUCUGGAGUACCAGGUACUCCUGGAUUAAAGGGUGAACCAGGACAAAAUGGAAAUCCAGGUGUUGCUGGUCCAAGUGGCAAAACUGGUCUUACUGGAAGGCCUGGACCUCCAGGACCGCCUGGACUGCAAGGUUCAACUGGUCGUACUGGGCCUAUAGGACCUACUGGACCUACGGGUACACCUGGUUUGUUGGGACCUGCUGGAGCGAAAGGAUCAGCUGGAGAAAAGGGAGAAAAGGGGGAUAGCACUAGAGGAAUUCCAGGUCUCCCAGGAUCAAAGGGAGAAAGAGGAUUCACAGGUAUUUCUGGAGCUAAAGGGGAACAGGGCAGAAAAGGAGACACAGGACUGCUUGGUGCACCAGGAGCAAAAGGCAGUGUUGGUCCUAUGGGUCCGAAGGGAGAGAAAGGAGUUCAAGGACUUCAAGGGCCUAAAGGAAAUAAGGGCGAUUCUCAAUCUAACCCAAUUAUUCGCUUGAUUGGAACCUCUGGAAGUUCUGGCAGAAUUGAGGUAUUAAACAAUUUGGAAUGGGGAACGGUGUGUAACGACAACUUUGACAUUUCGGAUGGCACAGUAGUGUGUCGUAUGUUGGGCUUCCAAAGAGCUUCAAGUGUUUACACAGCACCACCAGGAACAGGACGAAUCUGGCUGGAUGAUUUGCACUGUACUGGCAAUGAGGCCAGCAUUUUUGAUUGCCGACAUAAUGGCAUGGGAGUGCACAACUGUCAACACAAUGAGGAUUCCGGAGUGGUUUGUUCCAGAACGUCACAAUGAUAUGCCAUAUUAAAACAUUCAGAAUUAAUUAAAUGAAUGAAUGCCUGCAAAUCCACAUGUAAAUACACAAACAAAACAGACUGAAUGUAUCAUAGAAAUGUUUUAAAGUUAUUAAAAUUCUGAUCAUAAGGUG